AUGGAUAUAAUCGCGGUGGCUAUAGCAAUAGGUUUUGUUCUCUUUCUUCUGUUCCUUCUCAGAGACCCCUUUUCAACCAGUUCUAACCCUAAUCUUCCCCCGGGCAGCUUCGGCUGGCCCCUAGUGGGUGAGACUCUACAAUUUCUAGCCCUCCUAAGGGCUAACAGAGGUCAAGAAUUUUAUGAGCAGAGAAUUAAGCUCUAUGGAGGAGAUAUCUUUAAGACCCACAUACUCGGAUCCCCGACAGCUGUCUUCUACAGUCCUCAGGGAAAUCGCUUUCUCUUCUCUAACGAAAACACACUCGUUCAUAGCACUUGGCCUUCUUCUGUUAUCAACUUGUUUCGAAAUUCUUUAAUCAGUAAAGUUGGGGACGAAGCAAAAGAUGUGAGAAAGCUGCUUCUCAAUUUCUUAAAGCCAGAAGCUCUGCAAACAUUCAUGGGCAGAGUUGAUUCCAUUAUCAGUGACCACGUCAAACGUUUCUGGCAUGGAGAAACCCAAAUCGAGGCACUUUCUCUCUCGAAGCGUUGCCUAUAUGCUGUGGCUUGUUCUCUGUUUCUCACCAUGGAUGAAGGACCUCAGCAAUCUGAUCUGUAUGGCCAUUUUAUUGACUUACUCAGCGGAAUGUUCCAGAUUCCUCUUGAUCUUCCCGGUACUCUGUACCGGAAAUCCAGAAUUGGGAGUAAUCAUAUCCGCGGAAUUCUGCAGACUGUGAUUGAGAAGAGGAGAGAGGAUUUGGAAUCUGGAUCCGCUUCACCACAUCAGGACUUGCUUUCCUUUCUGCUAUGCAACGUAGAUGGGCGUGGGAAUGGGAUGAGUGACGAUGAGAUCAAGGAUAACAUUAUGCUGCUUCUUAUGGCUGGCCAUGACACCAGCGUUACCACUGUAACGAUGCUCCUGAGGAAUCUGGCUCUGAAUCGGGACUGCUACCAGAGGGUUCUUCAAGAGCAAAUGGAGAUAAAGCGGGAAAAGGAAGCAAGCCAGGUGGGUUUGCUGCAGUGGGAUGACCUUAUGAAGAUGAAAUACACGUGGAGAGCUGUUCAAGAGACGCUCAGACUUUAUCCUCCUGUAGGAGGCAGUUGGCGCAAGGCUAUUGUAGAUAUCUCCUAUGAUGGUUACACCAUUCCCAAAGGAUGGAAGUUAUCUUGGGUAAUGAGGUCAACUCAUAGAAAUGCAGAAUAUUUUGAAGAUCCAGAAAAGUUUGAUCCAUCACGAUUUGAUGGGAAUGGGCCAGCACCUUACACAUUUUUGCCUUUUGGAGGUGGUCCACGGAUGUGUCCAGGCAAUGAAUUUGCACGGAUGGUAAUUCUUAUAUUUAUUCAUAACAUUGUUAAAACUGUUGAAUGGGAUUUAGUAAAUGUGAAUGAAAAGGUGACUAUUAAUCCAAUGCCUAUUCCAGUCGAUGGCUUGCCCAUCAAUCUUCAUCACCAUGUGCACACUGUUGAUAACUAA